AUGUCUGGCGAUGGCGGCGGUGGCGGUGGAGCAUUGUUGCUUCGAGCCGGGAUAGCCAGUGCUAGUGGAGUUGCUGGUGCUGGCGGGUCAAUCACACUCAUUAGUGGUGCAAGUUUGUCCUCAGCUGCUAGUGGAGAUGUUGCUUUUUCAUCUGCUGCAAAAUCUGUACCUGGUGCAAGUGGUUCAGUCUCAAUCAAAACAGGCUCGACAACGUCUGGAAACAGCGGUAGUAUCUUGGUUUCUUCUGGGGCUUCCCUAAGCGGAAAGGCCGGAGCUAUUACAGUAUCCGUUGGUACAGGUACGACAAUGGGAGGGGCUUUGAGUCUAACGGCUGGUCAAAGCAGUGGUGGGACCGGUGGCGAAGCAUCUUUAUCAGCAGGAAGUGGCACUGUAGGAGGAAAAAUCUCAAUUGAUGGUGGCUUUGGAACCGGAGACAACGGUGGAACUGUCGCUAUCAGCAGCGGAACAAGCGCAAGCAGCUACAGUGGAUUAAUACAGAUUGCAUCGGCAGUUGGUGGAUCUGUCGGAAGCGGUGACGUGUCAUUUGGGUCGGGAGCAGCGUCUGGCCCAACGGGUGCGAUGACGCUAUCAACAGGUACAUCAACCAAUGGACUUGCUGGUAGCAUGACGUUUGCUGUCGGGUCGAGUACGUCAGCAGUAGGCGCUAGCUGGACAGCCGCGGCAGGUAUCACUUCAGCAGGUGCUGGAGGCGUUGCAACAAUCAAGGGAGGAAAUGGAAGCCUAUCUGGCGGAAAGGUUAGCAUUGAGGGUGGGAGCAGUGGCACAGGAAGCGGAGGUGAAAUUAUCUUGUUAAGUGGACUGAGCACUGGUGCAGCAGGAGGAGCCAUUACAAUUGAGACUAGUACCGGUGCUUCUGGAUCUGCAAGCGGUCACAUUAUCAUCUCCUCAGGUGCAGCUACGAAUGCCGACAGUGGUGGAAUUACUCUCAGUUCAGGUGAUUCUGUUGGUGGAAAAGGAGGUGCAAUUGCUUUGUCAGUUGGAGCAGGAAACACAGGCAAUGGUGGAAGUAUUACAAUAGCUGCAGGCAAAACAUCGUCAAGUAGCAUGGGUGGUUCUGUUGAUUUGAUAGCUGGAGAUUCUACGUCUGGUACAGGUGGCUCUGUGCGCGCGUAUAUCGGUACAGGGGCGGCUGAUGGCGGCUUUUACGUGAAAAAGUCUACACUUGGAGCACCAGAUCUUCUUAAAGUCACUGGCACUGAGCUGGCUGGUAGGAGUUUAGCGAUCGCAUUUACGUCCACAAGUUCGACGAUUCAAUUUACGUCGGCGUCGCAGAUCAUGAUAACUGGAACGGCAACAACUGUGUCUGGUGGUCCACUGCAUGUCGACUCGAAUGAUUUUCGCGUGUCUCAGAGUGCAUCGACUGAUGUUCUUUACGUGGACACUACUGGCAGUAUCGUGAACAUUCUCGCAGCGAAUUUUGUUGGCCAGGUUAAACUGAGUGCUACGCAGGCGUCAAUCUUACACUCCCAAUCCGGAUCUUCGGCCACGCUUACGAUUUCGUCGCCGAAUUUGAAAUUAGACGGUGGUGAUGUCAUUUUUGUGGGAAGCGCUGUGUCUACUGCUCCAAUCGGAGGUAGUGCUUGCAAUGCUGGAACUCUUCGGUAUGAUGAGAACGCGAUAUAUUUUUGCGCAACCGACUCUGUGUGGAAAAAAAUUGCUUUGGCGGCGUAUCCUUAA